AUGGCGGAGGAGAAUACUGCAGGAAGUACUAUCGUGGCGGAUGCCUUUCUGGAGGCUUUGGCAGAGGCUGGUGUCGACUACCUCUUCACUGUACUUGGCUCCGAUCACCCUAGUAUCAUUGAAGCCUAUAUCCGCCGCCAAAAUGACCCCACCCGCCAGUAUCCCAAAAUGAUCCUAUUCCAGCACGAGUUCGUGGCCAUGUCAGCUGCCGAUGGCUACACUAGGAUCAGUCACAAACCGGCAUGUGUGAUUGCCCACGUGGACGUGGGGACUGCUGCCCUGGGCCAGGGCCUGCACAAUGCAUCUAGCGGUCGUGCCCCUGUCGUAAUCUUCGCCGGUGUUGCCCCAUCCACGCUGUUGGGUGAGGCUCCGGGUUCUCGUUCAGAGCAUGUCCAGUGGUACCAAGAUAUUCGCGACCAGGCGGCCAUCGUGGCGCCCUAUAGUCGUUUUAGCGCGGAGAUCAAGUCCCCGCAUAAUGUGGGCAGUGUGGUACAUCGCGCUGUCCUGAUGGCUACGACUGGGUCCCCAGGUCCGGUGUAUCUCACUGCAACUCGGGAAAUCCUAGCUACCCCUAUCCCCUCUGUGGAGCCCCGGCCAAAGCCCAUCCCAUCCUGUCAUUUGGGGUCCCUGUCUCCGGAGGCCGUGGAGAUGAUCGGUAACGCACUGCUGGACGCAAAAGCCCCUCUCGUGAUCACAGGGUAUCUGGGCCGAAGCCACCGCGCAGUUCAGCAGUUAAUAACCCUAGCGGACACGGUUCAAGGGAUCCGAGUCUUUGACUCCGAGCUGCGCGAGGUCUGCUUCCCAGCAACUCACCCCGCCUGCGUAACCCGUAGCACAGGCGCCGCACCAGCCAUCCAAUCCGCCGACCUAAUCCUCGUCCUAGAUGCCGAUGUACCCUGGAUCCCACGGCGAGUGCACCCCUCCCCAGACGCAGAAAUCUACCACAUCGACCUCGACCCGCGCAAAGAGCGCAUGAACAUGUUCGACAUCGGCGCCUCCGCAGCCUUCCACGCCGACACAGCAUCAGCCCUAACUCAGCUAAACACCUACAUAGCCAGCUCCCCCCGCCUCCCAGCCCUCCAGAAGUCCUGGUCCCCGCGAGCUGGAGAUCUCCUCGCUGCUCAUGAAGAAGGGAAAGCCCGCAUCGACGCCCGCGCCGCAACACCCCUCUCCACCCCCAGCGAACCCUGCACCGUCGACUACCUGUGUAGUCGCAUCCGCGCCUCCGUCCCCCAGGACACAAUCUACAUCACAGACUCGGUGACUAACCAAGUCCCCAUGACCGAACAGCUUCGACUCACCCGUCCCGGAUCUCAUCUAACCAAAGGAGGCAGCGGACUGGGCUGGUCCGGCGGCGCUGCCAUCGGCGUUUCGCUCGCGACAUCCCGAUACGAUAUCUCCGAUCGUCCUAACCUGCGCCUUAACGAAACCACCACACCACCUUUCAUCUGUAACAUCGUGGGCGACGGAAGCUUUGUUUUCUCCGUACCGACGGCAGUAUACUGGGCCGCGCAUCGGUAUCAUACUCCGUUCUUGACAGUGAUCUUGAAUAACGGGGGGUGGAAUGCGACCAGGCAGUGUUUAGCCGAUGUGCAUCCUAGUGGUGUGGCGGCGGGAUUGUCGAACCAGGACCUCGGGAUCUCGCUGGUGGAAGAUGGGCCGGACUAUGGAGAGGUGGCUAGGGCAGCUGCUAAUGGGAAUUUGUGGACGAAGAGGGUGCGCAGUGUCGGGGAGUUGGAUGAGGUGCUGAGGGAGGGGAUCAGGGUUGUGGUUGAAGAGCGAAAGUCGGUUGUUUUGGACGUUAUAAUUAGGUAG